AUGCCCAUCUUCGGGAAUAAUGGAAAUUCUGGGUCGUCGAGACAUGAGCAGCCCGGUCAAUACCCCAGAGAUGCAGAAAUAGCGCCUUGGUUGAGCCGACCCUCCAAUGAAGAUAACGAGACAGCACCAUGGGAACGAGAUCCACAAGCGCAGAUUAUAGGCAGUCGGGCGUUGGAUCAGUCGUUUUUCAUUGAUUCUCCCGGCCGAGAUGGCCCAGGGUACUCAGCCCGUCCGGAGACCGCAAGGACCAAUGCGUCAGAUUUUGACUAUGACGGGGAGGCAAGACGACCAUCUGUCGCCAGCGCUACCACGGUCAGCAGCAACGGGUCCAGGGGAAGCGCCGCAAAUGGACGGUACCACAAGAGCUUGAAGGGAUUUUUCGGGGAGGAUCCAACGGAUUCACGCAAAGGGUCGACGGGGAAUUUACAGGAGCCGAAUACACAAAAUCUGUCAUUGGAGAGACCCGCCCAGAGGAGCAAUUCCAUACAAACGCAGAGCAACGUCGAGGACCGACCGAAGACCCCAGCACCUCCUCCCUCCAGCGAUGUUACUCCAUGGGCAUACCAGAAUUUCGAAGACGUCUCCAAUUUUGGAUCUGCACCAAUAAGGCAGGAGCAACAGUCAGAGUCGCUCACACCCAACUCUGCCUCCUCCUCUCAACGCCGCGGUCUCCUUCAUCGCCACACCAGGAGCAAAGAAGAUCCCCCCAAAGGUCAACAAGCAUCUACCUCGAUCCCAGCUAGGCCUGCAACGAGUCGAGAGUCCUCAACUACGAACUUGAGCUACUUCCGUAAUACACCUCACAACGGGACACCCAUGAGCUCAUCGUCUACAUUAACGCGCAAUGCCAGUCCCGGUCCUGCCUCUAGAAAAGAAGGAGCUGGUCACACCGAAAAGAAGUCUAUUUUCCACAAGCUUAAGUCAAGACAUAAGGAGAAACAUGUGCCACUGCCCGAGCCCCCUCGGAGCAAAGUCGAACCUGUGAGACCUCCUGAGGAGCCGAAAAAGAGCAGAACCCCUUCCUCUCGCGCCGCAAAUCCAGAGACCGUUGAUCCUAAAAGAGAUCGAGAGACCAGCGUUGCCUCUGUUGAUAGUGCCUCUACAAUCAAAGCUCCUGAUCCACCGCCAAAGCUUGAUCGAAGCUAUACGGCAUCUUCCAAAAGUAGUAGAUUUGGUCGCCACAACAGACACCGCGUGAUGAGUCACACAAGUGAUAGUUCGGAGAAAGCGCGCGCCCAAGCUCAGCAAGCACCUAUGCAAGCUGGCGUCUUCACACUAGAUACCAACUUCGAUGACAUGUCUGACAUCAUUUCUCAGCCUCAAGUGCCAAAAACCCCUGGAGAAUCGGGUGUCUGGACGGGCAAAGCUGCUCCGACACCAUCUUCAGAACAAUCAGCUCCCGCUUGGGAUGUACCUGAUAGCUGGGCUGUUAAAGGACAGGAAGAUGAAGUUCUGGACAGCUUGCCGGAAGCAAAUGAUGAUGGCUUGCCUGCUAUCCAGGAGGAGGAUGGCUUGUCAUACUUCAUGCGUGUUUUCAGAUCUGAUGGCACGUUUGCAACACUAUCCAUGUCCAUCAACGCUACAGUCGGUGAGGUUCUACAGUCACUCGCGAAGAAGUCUGUCCUACACGAUUCUAUUGAAAACUACCACCUGCUUAUGCGCAAGCACCAACUUUCUCGGCAACUCGGCACAGGGGAACGACCCGUGGCUAUGCAAAAGAAGCUCCUGCAACUUGCAGGCUACACAGAGCGCGAUCGGAUCGAAGACGUGGGCCGAGAAGACAACAGCUAUCUUAUCCGAUUCACCUUCAGCCAUGAGAAGCAGACAGGCUUUGGCAGUGGCCUUGAUAACGACCCGACGUUCAACAAAACGCAAAAGUUCAGCCAUGUCGACCUGCAGGCGAAGUCGCUAGUCACUAUACCCAUCAUUCUUUAUACCAAAGCUGCUGAAAUCAUCUCGCUCAAUCUGUCCCGCAAUCUCGCACUGAAAGUGCCGAAGGAUUUCAUAACGGCCUGUAUCAACCUUCGAGAGAUCAAAUUUACUGGCAACGAAGCAUGGAGGCUCCCGCCAAGUCUGGCAUGGGCGAGCCGCCUGACUGUGCUGGAUGUUUCCAAUAAUCGCCUCGAACAACUAGAUCAAGCCGAGCUGCACAGACUAGCGGCACUUGUGAGCCUCAAAUUGGCAAACAACAGAUUGUCUCAACUGCCUCCCUCGUUCUCGGCCUUCCGACAACUCCGCAGCCUGAAUUUGUCCUCUAACAAUUUUACGACGUUCCCCGAACAUAUUUGCAGCCUCAAAUCUCUAGUUGAUCUUGACAUAAGCUUUAACAAGCUAUCCUCUUUACCCAAAAUAUCUCAAUUGACCACCUUGGAGCGGUUGUGGGUUACAAACAACGAUCUGAAAGGCGCUUUCAAUGAUAGCUUCGCAGCUUUGACAAGCCUUAAGGAGAUAGAUGCCCGAUUCAACGGCAUCACGAGCAUCGACAAUCUCACGAGACUUCCAAACUUGGAACAAGUCUUAGUUGGUCACAACAACAUCACCACCUUCAGAGGAUCUUUCCCCAAACUUCGCAUUCUGGUUCUUGAUCACUGCCCUGUCACGUCUUUUGAACUUGAUCAACCGGUUCCGACCCUGAUGAGCCUUAACAUCGCCUCCGCAAAGCUCGUCGAGUUCAAAGAAGACAUGUUCGGCUUCAUGCCAAAUUUACAAAAGUUGAAUCUCGAUAAAAAUCAUCUCUCGAACAUGUCAUCGCAAAUUGGACGCUUGUCAAAGCUAGAAUUCCUGAGCAUGGCCAAAAACCCUUUGAACAUCGUGCCACCCUCGAUCGGAAGUCUUCUGGAGCUCAAGUUCCUGAAUCUUAGGGAAUGCAACGUCAAGAGUCUGCCUCCGGAAAUAUGGUAUUGCCGAAAACUGGAGACUCUGAACCUCUCAUCUAAUGUUCUCGAAAUCUUUCCCAAGCAAAAUGCAGCUCCACCUCCGAGCGAACUUGAGAAGAACACUCCAGCCACAACUCCGGGCAUCUCGAACUCCCCAAGCUUCGAAGAUUUAGGCAAGCUUGAGGACUUUCAAGCUCGAAGACCCAGUCAAGCCUCCGCUGGAAUGACGAGUCUAGGAAGUUCACCGGGCGGCAGCGUUCGAAAGAACUCAGUCGCCUCGAUCUCAGCUUAUCGGAAGGCCUCGGUCAUUUCCAGAACCAAUACCUCUGAGUAUUCCAUGAACAAUACCUCCUCGCGAAAGGAUUCCAACCUUUCGCAGGCUAGGCUCCAGAAUACCUUUGCGGGAUCCCUUCGAUAUCUUUAUAUGGCCGACAACCGCCUCGAGGAUGAUGUGUUCCGGGAGCUGGCACUCUUGCCGGAACUCCGAGUUCUGAAUCUUUCAUACAAUGAACUUGACGAUUUUCCACAAGGUGUUCUGCGCCGCUGGCCACAGUUGAACGAGUUGUACCUGUCUGGAAACCAACUCACUUCCUUGCCAUCGGAUGAUCUUGAAGAAAGCAGCAAUCUGAGAGUGCUCCAUCUGAAUGCAAAUCGCUUCCAGGUGUUGCCGGCUGAGCUGUGCAAUGUUCACAAGCUUUCUACUUUGGAUGUGGGCAGCAAUUCCCUCAAGUACAAUGUGUCAAAUUGGCCCUAUGAUUGGAAUUGGAACAGGAAUACGAACCUCAAAUAUUUGAAUUUCUCGGCCAAUAAACGUCUGGAAAUCAAGCCGGCCGCGCAUCAAAAUCAGUCCCAGUUCAAUGCCAUGAGUCGCAACAACGAGCAAACCGACCUCACGAGUUUCAACACGCUGAAAUACUUGCGCAUCCUCGGCCUCAUGGAUGUUACGUUGCUCACAAAUACCAUACCGGACGACAAUGAAGAUCGUCGAGUUCGAACCUCUGCCUCAUUGGUUGGGACCUUGAUGUACGGAAUGGCAGAUACGCUCGGUAAGAACGAGCAUCUGUCGACGCUGGAUCUUCUUAAACCCAACUUUCGAGGCCACGAUGGGGAAAUCCUAAUCGGGAUGUUUGACGGGCAGACAAUGUCAAUUGGGGGCUCCAGGGUUGCAAAAUACCUACAUGAGAACUUUGCAGCAGUAUUUUAUGAGGAGAUUAAGAGAGCUGAAGCUGCGAAUGAGACACCCAUUGACGCGCUGCGGCGGACUUUUCUAGCCAUCAACAAAGACAUGGCAAAUUUUGCCAGCAGCAACUUCGACACCAAAGAACAUAGACUGAUGAAUGGACACCGCGGUUCUACGGUGGCAAACAUCCUUGGGCCUGACGAUCUGAGCUCCGGAAGUGUCGCGACAGUCUUGUACAUCAGUGGUCAAGAAAUUUGUGUGGCCAACGUUGGUGAUAUUGAAGCAAUACUCAUUCAGUCUAAUGGGCAGCAUCGAGAAUUGACCAGAAAGCAUGACCCGGCGGAACCGACCGAAAGAGAAAGAAUUCGGGAAGCUGGAGGUUAUGUCUCCCGUCAAGGAAAGCUUAACGAGACACUGGAGGUCAGCAGAGCCUUUGGUUAUUACAGCCACAUGCCCUCUGUCGUCGCUGCGCCUCACACGUUCAAGUGCCAGGUUAACGACGCGGAUGAGCUAAUUGUGAUGGCCACCAAAGAGUUCUGGGAUUAUGUUACAGUCGACGUUGCAGUUGAUGCUGCUCGAGCGGAAAAGAACGACUUGAUGCUCGCUGCCCAGAAGCUGCGAGAUCUUGCAAUGUCUUUCGGUGCCAGAGACAAGAUCAUGGUCAUGGUGCUCGGUAUCUCCGAUCUUAGAAAGAAAGGCAGCCACCGAUUCCGCGGCACUAGCCUAUCCAUGGCGAAGGAACUGGGCCUGGAUGAAGGUGCCAUCUUCCCUUCCCGAAAAGCAAGACGAAAGGGAGAAACGCUCGUGGGUGAUUCCCGCCUGGCUCGACUAGAAGAACCACAACCACCGGUUGGCGAGGUUGCCAUUGUCUUCACCGACAUCAAGAACUCGACUGCACUGUGGGAAGUUCUCCCUGUGCCGAUGAGAUCAGCGAUCAUGAUGCAUAAUGAGUUAAUGCGUCGCCAGCUUCGUAUCAUUGGUGGUUAUGAGGUCAAAACCGAAGGUGAUGCUUUCAUGGUCAGUUUCCCGACGGUGACAUCCGCAUUGCUUUGGUGCUUCAGCUGUCAAAGCCAUCUCUUAGAGCUACCCUGGCCCCAAGAGAUUUUGGAAACCGUCCAUUGUCAGGAGAAGGUUGACUCUGACCAAAACAUUAUAUAUCGUGGUCUCUCCGUGAGAAUGGGCAUUCAUUGGGGACAGCCGGUAUGCGACCUCGAUCCGAUCACACGAAGAAUGGAUUAUUUCGGGCCCAUGGUCAACAAAGCUGCCCGGGUAUCGGCAGUGGCCGACGGUGGACAGAUUGCUGUAAGCAGCGACUUCAUCUCUGAAGUUCAAAGAACGCUCGAGGCAUACGCUGAUGAUGACCGACGUGACUCCGUUGGGUCUGAUGAUACCGUCAAUGACGAUGCCCUAGCAAGUCAGAUCCGCCGUGAGCUUCGACAGCUCAGCAGCCAAGGCUUUGAGGUCAAAGAUCUCGGAGAAAAGAAGCUCAAGGGCCUUGAGAACCCCGAGUUUUUGUAUCUGAUGUACCCACAUUCUUUGGCGGGCCGUCUGUCCAUUCCGCCUGGGGCGGAGACUAAAGUGCAGCUUGGAGGAGACGCCCCUGUUGAGGGGGGUGAACUAGCACAACCCGGUACCCUCGGCAAAGAUUCUCAGCUCAAAGACCUCGAACUUGACGAGGUGUGGAAGCUCUGGGAUAUCGCACUCAGAUUGGAGAUGUUAUGCAGCUGCCUCGAAGCUCCUGAACGUGCAGCUGGGUUACACAAGCCAGAACUUAGUCUCCUUACCAGAAUGAAGGAGCGAGGCGGUGUUCAGACGGACGGUUUUAUGAUCAACCUGCUCGAACAUCAAGUUACAAGAGUUGAGGCGUGUGCGACGACACUACAGCUUCGACACAUGUUGCAGCCCUUCCAGAAGGGAGUGGCGCUUGUUGAUCAGGCCAAACCCAUCGCUGAAAUAUUGAAAGAAGUCGCUGCCAUGCUCAGCGACGCUAAAGCAGGUGCAAAAGAGAUCGCGACUCCAGAGACGGAAACGGAUUCCGAAUGA